GCUUUCGUCUCCCCUUGUUGGGGGUCAAUCUUAUCAGCUGAGCUUUAAGAGCGGAGAAUCAACAAGUGAGUGUGAUAACUGAAAGAAAUUACAAGGAGAAUGACAUCCAGUAGCUCCAGCUUGGACAUUAGUUCGAAGACGCUCAUCGGCGUGGGCGUUGGCCUGGCAGUGGCGGGAGGGGCAAGCUAUUUCCUUUACCGCCGCUACCUACAAUACCGGGAUGCCAUGCCUCUGAAGUGGAGGCGCGUGGGAACGUUGCAUCAGAUCAACCUAUUUCCAGUCAAGUCCUGUGCUCCACUCGACUUGAAACCGGGCACCGAGUACGAAUGCGGUAUGCUUGGAUUGUCCUACGAGGGAAUACGCGACCGCACGCUAAUGCUGCUCGAUAAAAAUAACACAAUGGUCACGGCAAGAGGUUAUCCUCAUAUGAAAUUAAUAAAGUCAAGGAAAGUCUCGGUGAAUGGUAUCGUAUUCAGUGCCCCUGGAAUGCCCGACUUGGAGCUUGAUUUCGAGAACUUGGAGUGUCCUGGCCAGGAUUUGCAUACAUCCAUUUGGGGUGCCCCAGUGGAUACUAUACUUUGUGGCGAACGGUUCAACAAGUGGUUCUCUCAGUUCAUCUUGAAGAAGGAGACCGGAUUGAACCUGGUUCACUAUCCCUACCCGAAGGCCGUGAAGAGAAUCUGUGACGAUUUGAAGAGCAUGCCAUUUAUGAGGAAAGAGGAUUCGGGAGCCUUCAACGAUGGGACAAGCUACAUGCUUAUGAAUCUGUCUUCGGUGGACGAUCUGAACACUCGACUAAAGAAUCCGGUUGAACCGCUGCAAUUUCGAGGUGGCUUCGAUAUCAAAUGCGAUGUGCAUGAGCCCUACGCCGAGGACAAUUGGCAAUGGGUUCGCAUUGGUGAUGAAGCCAUUUUUCGUCAAGUAGCUCCGCGCACAGUGUGCAUUGUUCCGAAUGUUAACGACAACACAGGGAAGCGGGACAUCGAGGGCGAACCGUUGAAGACAUUGAAAAGCUAUCGCAUGUUCAACUAUAGCUCCCCAUUACUGGGCAUACAUUUGGGUCUACGGCAGCCAGGCAAGGUCAAGGCCAAUGAUGUUGUGUAUGUUGGGGACAAGUAAAUCAAUGCAUUCAACCGAUGAUUUCUCAUCGCACCUUCUUGAUUAUUGAAUAUAUGCACACACAAUUAACAUUCCCUGUAUUUAGAGCCGAAGAUGUCUUCGAUCGGACACAUAUCGAUAGCCCGCACAGGGAUGCACAAUCCUAUUGUGGGUUUUAAAUUAAUAAAAAUAAAAGGAUAAAC